CACGUGUCGAAACUGAUUAUAAAAAGGCCGAGCCGACCAACCUGCCAUCCCCUCUUGUCCAAAUCCAAAUCAGCGAGUCAACCCGUUUGAACUGCAAUCUCAUUUCUCUUCCCAGUCCAGCCCCGAGCAAUCAGAUUCCAUCGGAAUAUCCAUCCCGGCCGAACAUAAUGUUCGUGAAGAAACUCGUGGAGAAGGCGUCUUUCAACAAGCCUGUAGGCAACGUGGAUGGUCUAAAGUCUGAUGAUGUAAACCCCCGUUUGGUAUAUCAUUAUGGAGUUCCACAAGGAUCCCUUCAGUUGUCAUAUGACUCCAUUCAGAACAUACUUGCUAUAUCAACCAAAGACGGCAGAAUCAAGGUGUUUGGGAGAGAUGGUGCCCAAGCUCUACUGGAAUCUCCUAACAUGGUAUCAAGUAAAUUCUUGCAGUUUAUGGAAAACCAAGGCUUCCUCAUUAAGUUAAACGCUGAUAACCACAUCGAGGCAAGUCAUUGACUAGAAUCCUAUUGUCCUAGUUCCUUUUUUGUAAAGCUCUGAUGAAAUGAACAAGUAAAAAAGUCGGGUGUUUCCCUCUGAGUGCCAAACUGCCAAUGAUAGUGUAGUAGACACACUGUCAUUGUCAGUGACAGUCUCAUAUAUCACCAUCAUGGGUAGCUGCAUAUUGCGGUUACUUUUUCGAGGACCUUUCCCUGUUGACUUAUUGGCGGCUGGGCAGAGUAUGAAGGGAGAAGAAAUCCCAAUAGAUCUAGAGUUGUAUGGGAUGUAGAUCAGAAGAACUUGUCAAAUGUUCAUGACUUAAAGAGGAAUAUCACAUCUCUUACAGUUGUUCAGCAUACUCCUUAUAUGUAUGUUGGAGAUUCACUUGGUCAUGUUUGGGUUUUGAAGCUAGAAAAAGAACCCUGCAAUGUAGUGAAAAUGAAAUAUCAUAUACCCUUUUCAGCAUCUCAUGGGAACUCAAAUCAAGCUGGGGACAAUGCUGUAACUGAAAUCCUUCCUCAACCUACAGCAGAAAUGAAAAGGAUUGUUAUUAUUUAUCAAGAAGGUUUGAUUAUAUUGUGGGCAGUUCAUGAAAGCAAAGCCAUAUUUACAACUGGAGGAACUGCAAUGCAAUCAGUAAGUUAUGAGGCAAAAAAGGCAACAGCAGCAUGUUGGGCUUGUCCAAAUGGAACUAAAUUAGUUGUUGGAUACAGCAAUGGAGAUUUAUUUGUCUGGAGCAUUCCUGCAUCAUCAAAUAUUAAAAUGGAACAUGAAUCUAGCAAAGACCCUUCUUUUGCAUCUUCAAAUGCUCCUAUUUGUAAACUAAACAUUGGAUAUAAAUUAGACAAGAUCCCGAUAGCCAAGUUAAGGUGGAAUUAUGCAGACGGGAAAGCAAGUCGAUUGUACGUUAUGGGUCUCUCUGAUAAUCAGACAGUGAACUCGUCACAAGUAGUUUUACUUAAUGAGCACACGGAGUCACGCACAAUUAAGAUGACACUUCAUCCUCCAGAGUCGUGUAUUGACAUGGAGAUUAUUUCAAGCCAUAAAGCACCAAGCAAGACAAAAACUGAUGCAUUCAUUCUACUUGGGAAGUCAGGUGUUGUUUAUGCAUAUGAUGAUUAUUCAAUAGAAAGGUACUUAUUGCAAUGUCAGAACAGAUCUUCACCUUCGCUCCCAAAGGAAAUAUUGGUGAAGUUGCCAUUUGUUGAUUCUAACAUCACCAUUUCAAAACUCAUAACAGAUAGCCCUUUUAUGUUAUGGUCAGGGAAUCAGGACUAUAAUUCCCAUGCAAAAGAUAUAUUUCCACUUUUUCCAUUUGAGAGGAGGCAAAAAGAUGGAACUGUAUCUAACUCAGCCCAUUGUGUUGAGUUUUCAAAGGCCAAGAACUUAUUCAUCACGGGCCAUAGUAGUGGAGCCAUAAAUAUUUGGGAUGUCUCUUGCCCACUCUUGCUUCCAAUUGUAUCACUAACUCAGCAGACUGAAGACAACUUUUCAUUAAGUGGUGUACCUGUGACAGCGUUGUGCCAUGUCUUUGACUUACAUAUCCUUAUUACUGGUGAUCAAAGUGGAACGGUUCGUAUUUAUAAAUUUAAAACUGAGGUUUUGACCCCAGACAACAGCUUUUUGCCGUUCCAAGGUUUAAAGAAAGGAGGCAAUCAAAUAAUCCGAAGUCUUAAGCUUUUGAAGGUCAACGGGGCUGUACUUUCUAUUAGUGUGAGCCCUAAUUCGAAGAGUUUUUGUGUUGGAUCUAAUCAAGGAUAUGUUUCACAUUUUGACUUGGAGAGCCUCAGUGUAUUGUAUGAAAGGCAGAUACCAAGUGAGCUGUGUACAGGCAUCAUCUCUUCACAGUUUGACACGUGCAACCUCCAUGGUUUCGAGAAGAAUGUUCUAGUACUGGCUACAAGAGAUUCUUCUGUGGUGGCACUUGAUGGUGAGACAGGGAAUAUAUUAAGUCAUAGCAUGGUUCAUCCUAAAAAACCAUCCAGAGCAUUGUUUAUGCAGAUUUUGGGUUCUUCUAGCAUGUCAGGUAGCAUGGACUCUAAUGCCUCAAGAGUACCAUUAGUUUUGCUUUGUUCUGAAAAGGCUGUUUAUGUGUAUUCCUUGGUCCAUGCAGUUCAGGGUGUUAAAAGAGUACAAUACAAAAAGAAGUUUCAUUCAUCUUCUUGUUGCUGGGCAUCCACUUUCGAGUCUCCCCAAGCAGGUGUUAUUCUUAUCUUUUCAAAUGGGAAAGUUGAAAUAAGAUCCCUUCCAGAGCUGUCCCUUUUAAAAGAAACUUCAAUAAGAGGGCUCACAGUUUCUACUUCAAAAGCAAACUCUAUUUCAGACACUUCUAUAUGCUCUUCGCGUACUGGUGAACUCAUACUGGUUGACAAGGAUCAGGAAAUGUUUUUCUUCACAGUUUCAGUCCUAAAAGAUUCCUACAGGUUUCUAGAACCAGCAUCUCAAGUUUACAAUAGAGAUAUAUUGGUUGAACUGGGGCCAAUUUCAGCACCAAUCAUUCCCAAGGAAAAGAAAAAGGGUAUAUUUGGCUCUGUGAUUAAAGGAAACAAAGGAAAGAAUGUGUCUGAACAAGCAGCUGAAGAUCCACAAGAAAGUAUCGAGGAGUUGUCAACAAUCUUUUCAGUUCUCAACUUUCCAUUAGACACCGAGGACGGAGAAGAGUUAAACAUGAAUGAAGAUGAUGGUGAUGAUGAUAGUUUGGAUAUAGAUGACAUUGACAUUGAAGAUCCUGUAAUAAAACCUAAAGGAAAACCGAAGGUUGCAACAAUAAACAAACAGAACCUUACAAAUUCAUUUGAAGCAUUUCGAGGGAAAUUUAAGCACAAGAAGGUAAAAAGUGACAAGGUUCAAGUUAUUACUGAAGCGCCACUGCAAGGGGAUAAUUCUGGUGCUAUUGAUCAAAUAAAGAAGAAAUAUGGAUACACUUCAUCUGAACAUAAUGUUGCAGAAGCAGCAAAAUCAAAGCUCAGUGAAAAUUUGAGGAAAAUGCAGGGCAUAAACCUCAGGACAAACGAGAUGCAGGAGACAGCUAAAUCGUUUUCUGCAAUGGCAAAGGAGAUGCUGCGAUAUUCUGGAAAUGAAAAGGGAGGAAGUUAAUAUUAUCAUUAAUUAACACAAUGUCAACCAUAGCAGUAGUUCAGAUAUUCUUGCUGCAUUGUAUUGACAUGAUAUUUAUUUUAUUUUAUUUUAUUUCAGUAGAAGCAAUGUACAUAACCACAUAUGUAUAUAUGCAUAUGUAAAUUUUGUGGUUUUAGAAAGAUAUCACUGAUUUUUAGCAUUUAUUUGCAGGAACUGUACGUAUGAAUUCAUAUGAACAACACAAUAUUUAGAUACACACAUUGUAAAUUUAGAACUUGUUAUUGAAUAAUGGAGAAGCAAUUCGCAAGGUUUCGGUAGA